AUGUCUUCGGUUAUUGAUAAAUAUAAACGUAAGAAAAAAGAAAAUCAAGCUGCCAUUAAUUCAAAUGGUCCAUCCACAGAUGUUGGAGUUAUACGAAUUGGUCAUUAUAUUCUUAAUGAAACACUUGGAACAGGAAGUUUUGGCAAAGUUAAAAAAGCGUAUCAUCAAUUGACAAGACAUACAGUUGCAAUUAAAAUAGUUAAUCGUACUAAAAUAAAACAAUUAGAUGUUGUUGGAAAAAUUCGACGAGAAAUUCAAAAUUUAAGACUUUUUCGACAUCCACAUAUUAUUAAAUUAUAUCAAGUAAUAAGUACACCAACUGAUAUAUUUAUGGUUAUGGAAUAUGUAUCCGGUGGGGAAUUAUUUGAUUAUAUUGUUAAAAAAGGAAAAUUAACUGAAGCUGAAGCUCGUCCAUUUUUUCAACAAAUAAUAUCCGGUGUCGAUUAUUGUCAUCGUCAUAUGGUGGUACAUCGAGAUUUAAAACCAGAAAAUCUUCUUCUUGAUGAUGCAUCACAUGUUAAAAUAGCUGAUUUUGGUUUAUCAAAUAUGAUGAAAGAUGGGGAAUUAUUAAAAACAUCUUGUGGUUCACCAAAUUAUGCAGCACCAGAAGUUGUAUCUGGAGAACUUUAUGCUGGUCAAGAAGUUGACAUAUGGAGUUGUGGAGUUAUUCUUUAUGCUUUAUUAACAGGAACUUUGCCUUUUGAUGACGAUAAUGUUCAGAUAUUAUUUAAAAAAAUUCGAUCUGGAAUAUUUCCAAUUCCUGAUUAUUUAAAUCCAUCAGUAGUUGAUCUUCUUCAAAAGAUGCUUACAGUUGAUCCUGUUCGUCGUGCAACAAUAAAAGAGAUUCGUGAGCAUGACUGGUUCAAAGUAAAUUUACCUGAUUAUCUCUUUCCGAAAACAUGCGAAGAAAGUACAAAUAUAAUUGAUCUUGAUGCAAUACAAGAAGUUUGUGAGAAAUUUAAUGUAACAGAAUCCGAAGUUCAAGAUGCAUUAAUGAUCAAUGAUCCUCAUGAUCAACUUGGUAUUGCUUAUCAUUUAAUAAUUGAUAAUAAACGAAUAUGGAAUGAAGCACGAAAAGUUGAAAUAACAGACUUUUUUGCUGCAUCAAGUCCACCGCAUUCAGCAUUUUUAUCAAUGAGUUCAAAUUCAACAUCUGCUCGAUCUCCAUCACCAUUUAAACCAACAUCAGUUCGGGUACAUCCAGAAAAAAUGCCUGCAUUAAAAGAUCUAAGUGUAACAUUAGAUCCACUGGAUUCAAAUAAUUCUUCAUUAAAUAAUUCUCAAAAUAAAAAAUCUUUAACUCCAACAACAACAGGAUCAAAUGCUGCAUCAUUAAAAAAAGCUAAAUGGCAUUUAGGUAUUCGAUCUCAAUCGAAACCACAAGAUAUUAUGAAUGAAGUAUUUAAAGCAAUGAAAGAUUUAGGAAUGGAAUGGAAAUUUUGUAAUAAUAGCAUGUAUAGUGUUCGAACUCGUCGAAAAGUGGCUAAUACAAAUCGAUAUGUUAAAUUGGGUCUUCAAUUAUAUCAAGUUGAUCAUCGAUCGUAUUUACUUGAUUUUCGUAAUUUAAAUACAAGUGCAAAUCAACGUCAUCCAUCACUUAAUAAUCCACAUGGUUUGUUUUGUUUUUUUUCUAAAUCAUCUUUUUAUUUAAAUAGAAUAGAUAAAACUAUUAGAAAUGCUCGCAGACUAAGAAAUCUAAUCAUAUUUUUUGUUUUGUAUUUAUUGAAGAAUUGGUAAACGUCAGUUAUCAGUUUUAAUGCCAUAAAAUAACGCAAAGAGAUGUUAAUUAUACCAUUUUUUCCAGUAAAGACUGAACAGAAUUUGUCGAAUUUAUUGAUGGUUCUAUAAUCAUAUAUGUACGAUCGAUAUCGAAUAGCUUUAAAUAAAAAAUAUUGUGAAUAUUUAAAUUAA